AUGACAACGAGCCCUGCAGUCGAGACGCCUCGAGUUCCUCCUACUCCGAAUGUAUUUCGUGUGUUUCCAACGGCAUCGGAGACUGUCAAUCAACGGCUGGAUGCCUUGGAUGCUCGUCUCUCAUGGUUCUACGUUCGGCUACUGCUGCUAACGGGUGUCAGCUGGGCUGUUCACGCUGCGGAGCUCGUGCUCUUCGCCUUCACGCGACGGCUGGUGGUCCACCAUGUCGGCAUGGGGACCUACGCGCUGGAAGCUCUCGGAGUCGGUGUGUUCCUUGGAGCGGCAGUCGGCGGACCGCUGUUUGGCCUCCUGGCCGACGCUCGAGGCCGACGUUCGGCUCUGUUGUUCGCCAUGACGCUAUCGCUGCUGGGUCUGGCGCUGUCUGCUGUAGCGAAGAAGGACUACCACGUGAUCAUUGCAAGAAUCGUUGCGGGGGUCGGAUUGGGCGGAGAACUACCAGCAGCGACUGUGCUGGUGCAGGAGCUCUCCCCAAGACCCAUGCGAGGCCGCAUGGUGGCGCUGCUUGAAGCCUUUACAGGCGUUGGAGGUGUUGUGGGCGUGGCCCUGGCCUUUGGAUUGGCACCGCAGCUCGGAUGGAGAGUCACGUACUUGGCCAUCUGCGGCUGUGUCUUGUACACUGGAGUGUUGCGCUUCGGUAUCCCGGAAUCUCCGCGGUGGUUAGCGAGUGUUGGACGACUGGAUGAAGCUAUUCUGGUUUCCGUACCUUCAGCUGCGGGAGUGAAAGCUUCAGCAUUCGACAGACCUGUGCACACGCUGGUGCUUUGGACACUGUGGACGGUGCUAGCUGCUUCCUCGUAUGCGCUGGGGGUGUACGUCCCUACGCUUAUCAGCAUGUCAGGGUUCAAUAUGUACGCAAGCUGGAGCACCAUUGCGCUGCUGCACGGAUCCCAAGUUGUCAGCUGUGUUAUCGCUUCGUGGAUGCUGGAAACCCGCGGACGCAAGCAAUCGCUCGCUUGUUGUGCGACGCUGACGUCGGUAGUGUCAGUUCUGCUGAGCUACGCACCUUGGUACGAGUUCGUGGUGAUUGUGGGGACUUGCUCCGUUUCGGCACUGCUGGCGGGGACGUGGAGCUGCGUGCUCGCCUACACCCCCGAGAACUACCCGACCGCUGUGCGUGCUCGUGGCGUGUCGUACGCGUUUGGCUUCAGUCGCCUCGGAGCUGCUGGAGGAGCUUUGCUCUACCCUCACAUGUUCGACGUGUGGCUCAUGUCGGUGUCGGCUAUCACUUGGGUGUUCGCGGGGCUGCUGGCUGCUACAGUGCUGGGUAUUGUGGUGCCGUUCGGCUCCAACCCGUCGAGUGUUGGAUAUAGCAACGAGUACAGAGUUACGAAGGCGGACGACUCGGAUAUCGAUCUCGAAUCGGGCGACAGUCACGAAGACGAGAAAGAAGAAGAUGAAGAGGAGGAAGAGGGAGCGUUCUUCAUGACUGGCGAAUGCAAGAACAAGGACGAAAACCUCAAAUUGAAAGGCUUAUGGGUAAGCCUUUCAAUUUGA